UUCAUAGAAAAGAUAAAUCACAGAACGGGUAGGAUUAAGAUUGUUAAAAACGGAAUUGACGAAGAUUUGUGGUUGAAUUUGUGUUACAGAUCUUUGGAAGUUUUCCACCAACACGGAAAAACGCAUUCGGAGCUUCUGAAAGCCCAACGCACCGCCGGUGGCUGCGGAUUAGGAGGACCCCUCAGAUAUCCAAAUUCCAUUAUCCUGUGGCUGCGCUGCAAUAAGAAAGUCCUAGACAACAGACUGGACGACAGGGUCGACAGUAUGGUGGAGGCCGGUUUGCUGCAGGAACUACUCGACUUUCAUCGCAGGUACAACGAGCAACGGAUUAAGUCCAACACAUUACCCGAUUACACGAAAGGCAUCUUUCAGAGUAUCGGCUUCAAGGAGUUUCACCCUUACCUCAUACUGUCCGAAGAGGAGCGCGCGAGCGAGAAGGGGAAGAAAUUACUACAACAAGGAAUCGAUGAUUUAAAACUCGUCACUAGGAGAUAUGCCAAGAAGCAAAAUAAAUGGGUGAUGAACAGACUGAUUCGGCGUGGCGAUCGACAGGUUCCUCCUAUUUAUUCUUUAGAUUGCACCGACGUGACGAAAUGGGACAGCCGCGUCCUAGAACCCGCAGGAGAGAUCGUUUCCGCAAUAAUACGCGGUGAAAAACCCGAACAGAGACCAUUGAAUGAAGAUUUCGAAAACCAAAAAACUACUGACAGCAGUACAAACACAUAUCACUAUUGCGAGGUAUGUGAGAAGAUAUUUGUCGAAGAGAAUCAAUGGCAGGCACAUUUGAAAGGUGCGAGGCACAUGAGAGUCUUGAAAAAGAAGAACAGAGCGGAGAAGGCACAGGCCCAAGAAAAUCAAUUGACGAGCUCAUGACACGUAUCAGUUUCGCUAUAAAUGCGCGAAUAUUCAUUCUUGCGUUUAUGUCUAGCGAUCAAACUAUCAGAACUUUACCAGUCGUUGGAAGAUACAAAUAAACGUCAGUGCCCCUUUGCUGUGGUAAAAUAGAUUCCUGCCACAUAUCCAAUAACUCAUCUCCUGAUGGUAAUAUUCGACUACAGAUCUUGUUCCAAGCAUUGGUGGGACAUUGAUCAACAAUAGAUGUGUCCAGAAAAUGAUAUUAGAAACGCGUAAUAUUACAAUAAAUCAAUAAUCAGUAGUAUUGAUGCAUCAGGCGAACAAUACGAAUGGAACACAAUGCGAACUACAUGCAUUGUAUUCCAAUUAUAGUCUUGCAUUGAAGUGCGAAAAGAUGCUCUUUCAACUACCAGCGCUAAGUUAAUUUAUUCACGCGAAUAAAUUCUUUCCGCUCCUCUAAUAUGUUAUAAUAAUGUCGAUUAUAUACGCUGUUACAAAACAAUAAUUCUUCACGAACGUCAUAUUACAAUAUUGUGCGAAAUCUUUUUCUUUUUAAAUAUAAAUUAUAUUUCA